GCUUGAAUUUCAUUCGGGGCGGAAAAUACGGUAUUAUAUAUAAAUAAAAAUGUAAAUAAAACCAAAAGGUUAUGAAUAACAGAUACUACUCUCUGUUGGAAAUUGGAAUAUUGUACAAUACUUUAACCCCCAAAAAAAUCUAAAAUUAAAUGUCAAUUAAAGGAAGAAACAAAAGAAACAAAAGAAAAAGCAAAAAAUACUCAGUCAACCUCCAUUUGUCGAGGAAGAAAAGAAGAAUAUAACAAGGAAGAAGAAAUGGUCCACUACCAGACAAAACCAAAAAAAAAAGAAAAAAAAGCCAUUAUACCUUUUUUCCCCAUAGAUUCCAUCCAUUCAUUUCUCCUCCCACACCAUUUAACUGCCAUAACCAACCUAACUUCCCUCCUUCUCCUCCCCCUCUUUUUCCCUCUUGCUUCCUUUCCUGAUCUUUUUACACCUUAAUCAAUCAAAUUUCAAUUUCCCGAAUCAUCAAAAAUAUACAAAAAUCCGAUGUUCUAUUUGCUUACAUAAUCUCAAAAACACAGGGGAAUUUGACACUGGUAAUUAACAUACCGUUAGGAGAUCGACAAAAAUAAAAAUAUGCCGGGGGGAAACGAUGGUCCGGGUUUCCUGAACCGCAUCAGCAUCCGCCGUAAUCAGGUGGUUGCCAUGGAAUCCCACGACCAAGAACUCGAAGACCUCGAUAUUUUCCAGAAGAACACCGCCGAACGCUUCGCCGACCUCCUCCCUCCGCCAACUCCGGCUCCGGGCUCUGUUCAUUCCUCCACCCCGAAAAACAACGGUAAUAGUGAUCAGACGCCUUCAUCAAUUUCCGCCUCCGAAUCUCCGUUAUCGGAGCACAACCCGCUUUCCCAGCCGGCUCCGGCACCGUUGCUGUCAAUCGAAUGGUUCCGCAAGCUUUUGGAUGUCUUUUUGUGUUGUGAGGCAGAGUAUAAGGCCGUUAUUGUGAUGGGCCGGGAUCCAUGUCAAUUCAAUAAGCCGCCUCUGGACCGUCUGAUUCCUGAUCUUUUAGAUAGGUCAAUCAAGGCCCUUGACGUCUGUAACGCCGUCACUAACGGCGUUGAGCUGGUCCGCCAUUGGCAGAGGCUGGCCCAGAUUGCCGUCGUGGCGCUCGAGCAACGCCCCAUCGGAGAAGGCCAAGUCAGACGCGCCAAGAAAGCCUUGUCAACCCUGCUGACGUCGAUGGCCUUCGACGACAAGGAAAACGGCGGUGUCGGGAACAAUAACCACGGGAAGUCGACGGAGCGGACGUGGUCGUUCGGCCGCCGCGGCGGCGGCGGAUCCGCCGCCGGGAACAGCAACAAGGACAGGACCGGCGGGACGUUCCGGUCGCUGUCGUGGUCAAUGGCGAAAUCGUGGUCAGCGGCGAAACAGAUUCAAGCCAUGUCAGCUAAUCUGAUUGCGCCACGUGGAGUCGAGGCUAAUGGGCUGGCCAUGCCGGUUUACAUCAUGUGUACGGUUUUGGUGUUCGUGAUGUGGUCUUUGGUGGCGGCAUUCCCUUGUCAGGAGCGGAAUGGGCUGUCCACUCACAUUCCGGUCCCAAAGCAGUUGGGCUGGGCUCAUGCUAUAACUGGGCUUCAGGAGAAAAUUGCGGAAGAGUGGAAGAAAAAGGAGAAAAAGGGUACUGCUGGAUUGUUGGAGGAGAUUCAAAGGAUGGAGAAGCUGGCCCAGAGUUUGAUUGAAUUUUCCGACGCUUUUCAGUUCCCGUUGGAAGACGAGAAGGUGGACGAGGUGGCGGUUCAGGUGGCCGAGUUGGCGGAUAUUUGCCGGAAGAUGGAGGAGGGAUUGGCCCCACUUCAACAGCAGGUUAGGGAGGUGUUUCAUAGGAUUGUGAGGAGCAGAGCUGAAGUGCUUGAUGUUAUUGAUCAAGUUGGUAAAAUGUCUGUACCAGUUCCCUAUUGAGAGAACAAGUUUUUAGGCAAAUCUCAAACUAAAAUUGGGUUCUAGUAGCUAGUCAUUGAACCAAAAUGUAUUUGAACUGUUGAGCGCCUUUAUUUUCUCAUUUGAGCGCCCUCCGAAAGACGGAUACGCCCUCUGCACAAUAGAGAUAUGUUUUUUU